AUGAAAGCAAAAAUUUCAGAAAUAAACGAAAACAUAAAAAACGCCAAAAAAUUCUUUGAAAACAGUAAUCAAUUUAAAGAAGGGUUCAAACCGCAAGUAAAAAUGCUAUUAAAUGAGAAUGGAGAAUUAGUUACGGAUAAAGGAGAAUUAGUAGAGUUAUUUAAAAAAUAUUUCGAAAUACUAUUAAACAAACAAGAUAGCACAAAUGAUGAAAUAAUGUACCAUAUUGCAGAACCUGAUAUCCGAGAACCCGAACAAGAAGAAGUAGCAAGAAUAAUAGAAACACUAAAAAACUACAAAUCACUUAUUUUUAUUUUUAUAUUAUUGUAG